GCUUUUUUCUUUUUAAUAUUUCGGCGUGUUUUGUAAGCGCUCUCCAGGAGGGUUCACUCACUUUGGUAGGUCAGAUUCUCAAUUUGGAGCAAAAUUCUACAGUAGAAGGAACUAUAAUGGAUUGCAUGACCGGAAAUCCUGUUCGUCAGCAUUGGGCGAUGGAGGAAGUUAAAGAGUGUACCCUCUUGAUUCGGCAUCUUCCUGAAGCAAUUCCUCAUGAAACCCUUUCAAGAUUGCUUUCCAAUUAUGGGGCAACUUCUAUCCGUCCUUGUACUACUGCAAGAAUGAGGAAUUGUGCUUUCGUAGAUUUCAAGGAUGAAGGUCUGGCACACCAAGCACAGCAACAUUUGAAUGGGGUACGGUUUCUUGGUAAAACCCUAGUGGUCGAACGAGCUAGUAGAAGCACAGAUAGAAAAAGCGAACAUCGGAUUGGAGAUGGCUCGGUCUCUUCGAUCAAAGAUGCUGCUGCCAAAGAAUUUGGUGGAGUAUCUAGGGAAGGUCCUUAUCCUGGCAGCGACCCCAUUGCUGAAAGACUGGGGGUAGAUUAUCCAUUUCCUCCUCACCUCGAAUAUGUUUACCCCCCACCUGAUGGACAUAUACUUACAAAUAUUGUAAAUGCUCUUAUUGCUGUUCCUCGGUUCUACACUCAGGUCUUGCACUUGAUGAACAAGAUGAAUAUUCCGGCACCAUUUCGUAUGGCUUUGCCAACUCCACCUCUACCAUCCUCUCUGUCUGUUCCUCCUCCACCCCCUCCACCCCCUCCUUCAAUAGUGUCUAAGAGUAGAAUGGAAGAUCUAUCAAGCAGUGAAUCAGAAAUGGAGUCUUCAGAUGAGGAAGCUACAAUUGUUGGUGGGCCUAAAAAGAAGCGUAUUAGACAUGAAGCUAUCUUGGGCCCUGCAGUUGACAAGGAUGUUGCCCAUGAGGCUGUUGGAUUAAGAGCUGCUACCUUGGUUCCUAAAGAGAUGCCAGUAGUAAAGAAGAAGAACCCAAUAAUUCAGAUUAAAGUAGCACCUAAACAGGUACAGAAUGAAGAGAAGGGUGAUGCAAGUGCACUGUCAUUGACAGUGGAAGAAAAAGAGAAUGAUCAUAAACCUUUUACAACCCUUGAAGAAUUAAAAAGUGGAAGAUUGCCCCCAGAAGAGAUUCUGUCGCUUCCUAUGUUUAAGAAUUAUUGUGCCGGAAAUCCUUCUCAGAUCUUAUACUUGAAGAACUUAGCAAAAGAAGUCAUUGUUGAUGACAUUUACUUCAUAUUUGGAUCCUUAUUUGUGAGCAUUGAUGAAGCUAAAUCUAGUCUUGCGGUGAAGUUAAUGCAGGAAGGGAGAAUGCGUGGACAAGCUUUUGUUACAUUUCCCUCCAUUGAACUUGCUCAAAAUGCCCUGGUAUGUUAUUUAUAAUUACUUAAAUUGGUAUUUCAUUUUCCUUUUGCGCAGUGGGAUUGUAAAAUUAACACCAUGAAAGUGAUAGUAAGCUUUAUUGUUGACCUCUUUCAAAAAUAAAUGAAGUCUGAGAGGUGAUAAACCUUCUACAUGUAAUCGUGAACUUGUUUUAAACUUCCAGUGGGUUGUAUAACGUGAGUGUAUUCAUGUAUAUGGUUUGGUUCAUCAAGUUGGAUUAUGUAAUAUAUGGAUGAAAGGAAAUCAUUUACUUAUAAUUUUAUAUGAACACACAACUUCUAGAAAGUAGCUAAUAUUAUUGUGCUUACUAUACUUGUAAAAGCAUUUUAUACAAGUGAAUGAAUGCAGAAUCUGGUGAACGGGUAUGUGUUUAAAGGCAAGCCUAUCGUCAUUCAGUUUGGUCGUGAUCCUGCUAAAGCAAAAACAAGCUAGAGAGGGUUUUUUGCAACAAGGGUAGUUUAAGCCCUCAGCUCAACAUUCUAAGUCAGGUAAAAUUAAAGGAGUCAAGCCAACAAAGAUGCUGCUGGGGGAAAGGAAGGAAAGAAGGGCUUGUAUUCUGGACGAGAGAAGGUCAAAAUUGGGUGGGCUGUCAGGUUUUACCUUUGCAAUGGUUCACCAGAUGUCUGGAGCUAAAAUCGCAGAAGUCAUCAUCAUUUCUUCAGUGAAGCACAAUUGGUCAGCUGGAACCCGAUGAUUGUUAGCUCAUUGUUUAUAGUGUAUCUCUGGACAGUGUUGUUUCAUUGGCAAUUCACUGAAAUAGGUGAGAGGAGUCUUUGCUGUUUCAUUAGUAGUGACUUCCGGUUCAUUGCAAAUUUAGACUCCGGGAGUAUACAGUGGCAUGUUGACUAUGAACUUGUAUUUCACUAUGCAGAAUCAUUUUUGCCAUGUAAAGUAGCCUAGAUGUCUGCUUAAUUGUCAUUGUAUACGUUUUAGCCUUCAAGACCAGGAGAAUUUUAUGUAUCAGAGCGCCAAUUCAGUUAGUAUGAGAAACACUUGUUCACUAGGUUUGGUAUGACAGCAAUGGCCAAAAAUGGCGACCCUG